AUGAUACGAACAUUUAUAUUUCUUGAUUUGGAAACAACUGGAUUAAUUACACAAAAUUGUAUGCCACAUAUCACAGAAAUGUCAUUAAUUGCAGUAUCAAGAUCUGCUAUAUGUAAUAGUACAGAUAUUUUACCAAGAGUUUUACAGAAACUUGUUUUACCAAUACAUCCAAAUGUACAUAUUUCUAAAAAGAUUCACGCAUUGACAGGUUUAUCAAAUGAAAAUUUAGAAGGAAUACAAUAUUUUAACAGCGAAAUAUAUAAUUUAGUGAUAAACUUUAUAAAUCGACAAAUGACACCAUCUUGUUUUGUAGCUUACAAUGGAAAUAAUUUUGAUUAUCCAAUCUUUUUAUCAGAAUUUCAAAAUAUUAAUAAGGUUUUCAGCGAAGAUAUUUUGAGUAUUGACAUGUUAUAUUUAAUCAAAGAUUUUUUCUUACAUAAGCAAGAUCCAAUAGAAGAUGUGAAUACUACAGAAAGUUCUAUUUCUAGCUUAUCUUCUACUGAAGUUAGUAUUUUAUUAAAUGAUGGUUAUGAUGAAAUUUUAUCUGACGCGUUAGAUUCUAUUAUGAAUAAAAAUCUUGAUGAUUCUAAUAAAAAUAGCCUUUCUUCUCGUAACAAUGAAAAAGCUACAUCUCAUUCUGAUAAUGUACUUCAUACUCCACAAAGUAAUAGCUAUAAAAUGAUGGAAAUUAAUGAAAAAACACCUGAGGAUAAAAUUAUAAAAUUACAACAUUGUGAUAAAAAUUUUCAGAAAAAAAAAAGAAAUAUUGUAAGGAGAAAAUUAGAUUUUACAAAUAGUCAACCGACUAAUUUUAAAUUGACUAGUGUUUGUCGACAUAUCUUUGGUACUGUUUCUGAAAAUGCUCACACUGCAGAAGGAGAUUGUCUUACUAUGAUACGCUGUGCUACACAAUUAGGAAAAUUCUUUGUUGAAUGGGCUGAUAAUGAGGCAGUACCUUUAAUUAAUCAUAUUAGAAAAUAA